AUGAUGACUGAGAACAACGAGAUGGAGAGCGAGUCGCAGCUCCAGCGCUCUCCAAGCACCAUGUCCAUCCAGCCCAUGUCAUCCAAGCUGCAGAGGCUGAAGCGCUCGCUGUCCUUUAAGACCAUGAUGCGCAGUAAGAGCGUGGAGAACUUCUUCCAGAGGUCCUACAGCGACGCCCGGCUGCCCCCGGACUUCAUCACCGACCCGCCGCCCCCGUCUCCCCCUCUGCUGCCCCCUUCCCCCGUGGUCGGGGAACGUUCUCCGUCCAUCUCGCCGUCCCUCAGCCCCAACCCCUCUAUUGCCUCCCACUCGCCGUCCCUCAGCCUCUCGCCGUCGCUGCCCGCCAAGCCUCCCCGGCCUCAGGUCAACCACUGCUUCCAGGACCACGUGUUCAGGAAGCCCACCAACUGCCAGCACUGCAAGCACAUGAUAGUGGGAAACUCCAAACAAGCUCUGCGGUGUAAAACCUGCAAGAUGGCGGCUCACCUGUGGUGCACCUCGGAGCUGUCGCAGCAGCUGUGUCACGGGAAGUCCGGAGCGUUCAAGCGAAACUUCAGCUCGCCGAUGCUCGUCAACGAACAAUUGGCCGUGGUGAAGGAAGUUCAGCCGAGCCAAGAGGCGGUGCAGAGGCGGGUCGACCCGGUCUACGCCGCCCUGCGAUACGGGACGUCCUUGGCACAGAUGAGCCGCUCCAGUUUUGGCAGUUUGUCAGAAUCACCGACCCGCAGCCUGGGGGAGGCAGGUGAGGAGAGGGAGCCGAGGCAGUGCAGCAUGGAGGAGGAGAUAAGUCAGGAACCGGGAGACGCUCCUGCAGCCGAGACGGAGAUGGAGAAGGAGGAGAAGGAGGAGAAGGAGGAGAAGGAGGAGGAGGAGGUGCCCAAGCGGAUUGAAGUCCACUCCAUCCACACCUACGUAGCGCUCUACAGGUUUCUGCCUCAGGAACAGAACGACCUGGAACUACACCCUGGCGAUCGGGUGCAGGUCACCGACGACUCUAACGAAGAAUGGUGGAAGAUUUGUGUGGGGAAGCGGGAGGACGGCGAAGUGUUUCUGAAGCUGAGCAGCGGCAAGAAGAGAGGCCUGGUGCCGGCCGAUUCCAUAGAGGAGAUCUGAGUCUUGUGUUCCGCCCCAGAGGAUGCAACACAUCUUC